CCCCCACCCCGUCGCCCCCCAAGCAGCCCAGCCGGCCCCCUGCCUGUCGCCGGCAGCCCCGGGCCGGGAUGGCUCCUCGGCUCUAGCCAGGGAGGCCAGCUCAGUGCCCCAGAUCCGUGUCCGAGUGAUGGUGGGACCAGGCUUGGGGACCUGCAGUGAGGAUGUCCGACAUCAAGCCCCCGAGCGGCUCUUGCCUUGUGCUUUCCGUGCUCUUUUUGCACUGGGCUUUGCUCCAGCCGGGCCAGGCUUUUCCCAGCACCUCCAACUACCUGCAGCGGGGCUGGCAACGGCUGCUGGAGGAAGGGGAGGGCUGCGCCGAGUGCCAGCCGGAGGAGUGCCCCGUGCCGCGCGGGUGCCUGGCUGGCAUGGUGCGGGACGCCUGCGACUGCUGCUGGGAGUGUGCCAACCUGGAGGGACAGAUCUGUGACCUGGACAACACCAACCACUUCUACGGCAAGUGCGGGGAGCACCUGGAGUGCCGGCUGGACGCCGGGGACCUGCGGCGCGGGGAGGUGCCCGAGCCGCAGUGCGUCUGCCUCUCCCACUCGGCCCUGUGCGGCUCCGACGGGAAAACCUACGCCCAGAUCUGCAGGUUCCUGGAGGUCGCCCGUGCCCACCCCGACGCCAACCUCACCGUGGCUCACGAGGGCCCAUGCGAGUCAGAGCCUCAGAUCACGUCUCCUCCCUACGACACGUGGAAUGUCACUGGGCAGGAUGUCAUCUUCGGCUGUGAGGUCUUCGCAUACCCCAUGGCGUCCAUCGAGUGGAGGAAGGAUGGCACAGAGAUGCUGCUGCCGGGAGAUGACCCCCACAUCUCUGUUCAGUUCAGAGGUGGCCCCCAGAAAUACGAAGUGACUGGCUGGCUCCAGAUCCAGAGCGUGCGUGUGACAGAUGAAGGCAUCUACCGCUGCUUUGCCAAGAACAAGGUUGGGGAGGUGGUGGCAUUAGCCAGCCUGACCGUCCUCACUCCAGACCAGCUCAACCUGACGGGUUUUUCCCUGCCGAAGCCCCGCACAACGCCUGAGGACUAUGGGGAGAGCGAGGAGGACUAUUACUAGCCCGGAGAUGGGACAGGCGGCUGCGGAGAUCACCACUGUGGGGUACCGCUCUUGGCUGCUGUGCUGGGAAAUCCCACCGCGGGGCCUUGCGCGAAGGGUCCUGGGGAAGCUGGUGCGGAGGGCUGGACACCAGCAGUGACGCUUGGUGCAUCACCCCCGGGGCCGACCUGCACCGGCCCAGGGCAGGAGGCACCCAUGCUCCCUCCCCAGGGCCAAGGGAAUGUGUUGCCAAAACAUCCCUUCUCCCCACUGAGUUUUUAACCACCGAAGCAGUGAUCUGAGAAACCAGAUGUUUGUGGUUUUCACCACUGUCUUUGCCAACCCCCCCGCCCCGGACAACGUUGGCCCAGACACUGAUGCGGUCAGAAACGCUUCGGCCUUUUGAGACCAACUCUGUGCUUUCCCUUCCAAGCAGUUCCCGUCAACGCUAGUAAAAUAUACACGUAGGUCAAAGCUUGACGCAGGCUGCCACUGACUGUCCCGUAUCUGCAAGGAUUAUUCUAGGAGCGAGAGACAGGGGUGCUCAGCGACACGGCGGGUGUCGGGGUCCCUCGCAGAGCCCCUGCGCCGUGGUGGACCAUGCCCUGUGCGGUGCGGCCCCCGCAGUUCAGCCUCCCCGCCACGACCCAGCCCCGGCGCCUUCCCCAGCGAAGCCGCGUGCCUCCCCGAGUUGCUGCCUGCCCUAAAUCAUGCUCCCCUCCGGCCACAUCCUGGUAGCGGGAUGGGAUCCCCCCAUCCUGCGGCACCGGGGCAGAGUGGUCCAUGCCUGGCAGGAGCACGGCUGGCGAGGGACGGAGGGGCCCCUAUUUCCACUGGA